AUGAUGAUGGAUGAUAAACAGUACGAGGCAUACCUCGAGGAGAUCAAGCCAUGCUACAAGGAUCCAUUCCGAUUUCUGGACAAGUUUAAUAAGGAAAAAGAUGAAAUAUAUUUUGACCUGCUCCUAAUGUAUAACUGGUAUUUGAAUCUGCUAAGAUCCCAGCGCCCGAUCAAAGCUCUCGAAUCCGAACGAGGCCUCCGCCUUAGCGAUGUGUUCUCUCAGACAUCAAUAGAGAUACACAGCGGGUACUUUCGUAUUUGGACGGAAUUGAAAGAGCAAGAGAUCGGUGUGCCUGAGUUUUUCAAUGACAGUCUGAAGUCUGGGUAA